ACAAAAGGAACAAGAAGAACAUAAACAAUAAUAUCCCGUUUAGUUUUUAAAAUAUGAAGACAUGGGCGAUAUGCUUGCUAGUAAUUUGUUCCCUUGUUGUUACGGUGCCAGUGGAGGGUAGGACUUACAUAUUUGGAGGUGUAGUUAAUCCGUGCUCGGGUCCUAACCCUCCGCCAGGAUGCAAUCCUCCAGACUCUCUCCAUAAGAGCCGUGUCCCCGCCAACAAUUAUACCCGUGGGUGUUCCAUUAUUACACGCUGCCAACGAGAUUAGGGCGUGAAGUUCAUCAUCUAAUUUCAUUCGGAUGUAUUACUUUAUAACUAGGUUGUAAUCC